CAGCGAGGGAAAGACUCGGUUUUUCUCCCCCUUUCUCUUUUCUUUCUUCCAUAGAUGUUUGAAAUCGCAGUCAUUUACGCUCGACAGUUUUUACAAUAGCCUUGAGCCAUAAUUUUGCGAGUCUCUCCAGCAUCCAUACCCCUGCAUGGUCUCUCUCCACCGGCCAUGCACGACCGUUUCUCUCCCCAACCGUGGAUUUCCUAUUACUCUCGUUACGACUCACUGAGCCCCAGGCCCAAGGAUAAUGAUGUGUUGUUUCUUGGUAGCAUAAUUUGUCACACGUAUAUUUCUUCUUCUUCUUCUCUUGCAGAAAGCACAGCUCCCUCUCACACACUCACACACUUCUUGUUAAUUCAGAAGAACAAAUGAUCAACGUCAACAAAUAACCUGAAAAUAGUGACUUUAUGAGUUGGAAUCAAUGGUUAUUUUGAGACACCACCGACUAUAGACUUUAAAGGGGAAAAAGGACAUUUCUUAAAAAGGAGAACAAAGGAAAAAUUCAAGUGAGAAUAUUGGGAACCCGGAGCUUACUUUCUUUUUUGUCAAGAGCUGAAGUCAGGUGGCGUUCACAGUCAGGAAGUCAUGUCCAGAUCGGGUGAUAGAACAUCCACCUUUGACCCAACACACAGUGACACCCUGCUGCACGGGCUCAAUCUCUUAUGGAGAAAACAGCUUUUCUGUGAUGUGACUCUCACUGCCCAGGGACAGCAGUUCCACUGCCACAAAGCUGUGUUGGCAUCCUGCUCCCAGUAUUUCAGAUCCCUCUUCUCUUCCCACAAUGUAAUCAACAAUGAGGGGAGCAAAGGGGACCAGGGCAGCAGUGGGACCCCCUCAUCCUCUCCUGAUGACAAGCUGGUGACCCCCAGCACCAGGCCCAUCAAUAACCUGGUACUCCAGGGCUGCUCCUCCAUUGGACUACGAUUAGUGCUGGAGUACCUGUACACUGCCAACGUGACUCUUUCCCUGGACACAGUGGAAGAGGUUCUGUCAGUCAGCAAGAUCCUCAACAUCCCCCAGAUUACCAAGCUCAGCGUGCAGUUCCUCAACGACCAGAUCUCUGUGCAGAACUACAAGCAGAUCUGCAAGAUUGCCGCACUCCAUGGACUGGAUGAGACCAAGAAGCUGGCCAACAAGUACCUGGUGGAGGAUGUGCUGCUGCUGAACUUUGAGGAGAUGUGUGCCAUGCUAGAUGCUCUGCCACCCCCGGUGGAGUCAGAGCUGGCUCUGUUCCAGAUGUCAGUCCUCUGGCUGGAGCAUGACCGGGAGACUCGCAUGCACUAUGCACCGGACCUUAUGAAGAGGCUGCGCUUCGCCCUCAUACCUGCUCCAGAGCUGGUGGAGAGGGUGCAGUCUGUUGACUUCAUGAGGAGUGACCCUGUGUGCCAGAAACUGCUCCUGGAUGCCAUGAACUACCACCUGAUGCCCUUCAGGCAGCACUGCAGGCAGACCACGGCCAGCAGAAUCCGUUCCAAUAAGAGAAUGCUGUUACUGGUGGGUGGUUUGCCUCCUGGACCUGAUCGUCUCCCCAGCAAUUUGGUCCAGUACUAUGACGACGAGAAAAAGACAUGGAAGAUCCUCACAAUAAUGCCUUAUAACAGCGCCCAUCACUGCGUGGUGGAGGUGGAGAACUUCCUGCUGCUGCUGGGCGGAGAGGACCAGUGGAACCCCAAUGGAAAGCACAGCACUAAUUUUGUCAGCCGCUAUGAUCCCAGAUUCAACAGUUGGAUACAGUUGCCUCCUAUGCAGGAGAGGAGAGCUAGUUUCUUCGCCUGCCGCCUGGAUAAGCACCUGUAUGUGAUCGGUGGUAGGAACGAGAGCGGCUACCUCUCCAGCGUGGAGUCCUACAACCUGGAGACUAAUGAGUGGAACUACCUGUCGUCUCUGCCGCAGCCUCUGGCCGCCCAUGCAGGAGCGGUGCACAACGGCAAGAUCUACAUAUCAGGAGGAGUGCACAAUGGAGAGUACGUGUCCUGGCUCUACUGUUAUGACCCUAUAAUGGAUGUGUGGGCUCGGAAACAGGACAUGAACACAAAGCGAGCCAUUCAUGCGCUGGCUGGAAUGAACGACCGCCUAUAUGCUAUUGGUGGAAACCAUUUGAAAGGGUUCUCCCAUCUAGACGUGAUGUUGGUGGAGUGCUACGACCCGAAAGCUGACCAGUGGAACAUCCUGCAGACACCUAUCCUGGAGGGUCGCAGCGGCCCGGGCUGUGCUGUGUUGGAUGACAGCAUCUUCCUCGUGGGAGGCUACAGCUGGAGCAUGGGGGCCUAUAAGUCUUCUACCAUCUGCUACAGCCCAGAGAAAGGAACAUGGACAGAGUUGGAGGGAGAGGUGGCAGAGCCCUUAGCGGGCCCAGCCUGUUCCACCGUCAUACUGCCUGCCUGCCUUCCCUUUAACAAAUGACAACUAAUCCAACCGACGGGCGGUAAGAGCGAGGAGCAGCAGAGUGAAUGGGGGGAGGACCAUCAAUAAGCAAAACAGUCGUCCACAAUUUUGUGACAAACCCUCCGGUCAGACGACGGGGGUGUGUAUAAAUUAUUUUUUUACAGGUUUGACCAGAGCACUUUCGUUAUUCCCUACUGAAGGUUUGAAAAAAAAAAAAGAAGAAUUGUGUAACUCAUGUAUUUAAACUCAUCUGUGUUCUGAGAAAUGGUCAGUUUCAUAUUUGAUUUGAUUUAAACUGAUAGUACGUGUUUUUGGCUUCUCUUCUAUAGCACGCAUAGUGUUGAACUGAAUUAUAGCUUUCAAAUCCAUUGUAUCUUGUAUUCAGUAGAGGCAUAAUUCCAUCAAAAUGCAGUGUUGUUUCAUGGACUGACAGAAAAGGUGAUCAGUUCCAAACUGUCAUGGGGUUACGUUAAACUAGGGCUGGGUGAGUUACAUUAACCGUGAUGAUCAAAGUGUAUAAAUAUCCUUCAUCCCUCACGUCAUAACUCACUUUUCUCUGGCUGGACUGUGCACUUAUCUCGCUUUCAGAUCAUGAUGCAACUGUUUUGUUGUCUCUACAAAUGAACAUAUUUACCCGUCUGAAAUUGAGACAUUUCCAGAAACUUUUCUUAACUGCAGUCAUUUAAUUAACUAAAAAAAUACACAGUAACUAGUUCUUCUAGCAGGUACACUGGGUCCAAACACAACCAGGAGGACAUUGUAAAAAAGACGCAGUUACACAGUGAUCUUUAUGAGGAUGUGUCCAUAUCACCCAGCCCUAAUUUAUAAUGAAUUAUCUUAAUAAUUUACACCCAGACUGAAGUCGUGUUUCUGUAUAACUUGACAGAAAAAAUCUUGCCAAAUGUUUGUGGCAGCUAUUCUUCGUGCUGCAGGCAAAACAAUUUAAAGUUUGAUUCUUAAUCUUCAUACGACGCACUAAUGUUCUCUUUAAAGGAAUACUGAGGCCCCCAAAUUAAACAUUUGUCUAUCAGUUACUUGCCCUGUAUUACGUUACGUAUGAAGAAAACUUUGCUUUUCUUGCAUGCCUACACGGUGAACGUAGAAUCCAAAAACGCUAUAUCAAAAUAACACACUUGCACAAAUCAUGCAGUAUAAUCCAAGUCUCAUUUAUCCAGUUGAAUGCUCAGUACGCCCCAAACAGACAGCCCUUUCCAACUGGGAAGUGAAGUAGAAGUGAAACUUAUCUAUGCUCUCUUCAGCGCCACACUCCAUUGACAAAAACAGUAAUUUUACCCAGCUGAACACAGAGCUGCUGGUCUACCUCUGCCUCAAUCAGUUAGCUUGUCACCUUGUUGGAUUUGAAAUAACCCUCUUUAACACCAAGGUCACACAAAAAUACUAACAAACGUACUAAUGGAGGCAGAGGUAGACCAGGAGCUCCUGUGUUGUGUGAGGUAAAAUUACUGUUUAUGUAGGGUGACCAUAUUUUGAUUUCCAAAAAAGAGGACACUUGGCCCGGCCACGAGAUAGCCUACUUAUCAUCAAUUUAUAAACACCCCCCGGACGCCCCGGACAGGACGUGAAAAGUGGACAUGUCCGGGCAAAAGAGGACGUUUGGUCAGCCUAGUUUUUGUCAAUAGAGUCUGGCUUUAAAGAGAGCAUAGAUAAGUUUCACUUUUUGUUUAGCUCCCCGCCAGACAGGGCUGUCUGUUUUGGAAGUACUGAGCAUACGGUUGGAUAAAUGAGACUUUGAUUAUCUGCACGAGUUGUGUGAGAGUUUAUAAACUGAUGGAUUUUUCAAUCUAUCAAGAGUUUUUUCUGUUUUUGGAUUCUUCGUUCGCUGUAGACAUGUGAGAAAAAGAUUUUUUCCCCAAAUUUAACAUAACACAGGCUGAGUUAUUGAUAUAUAAAUGAUAAUACUGGGGGUGAAGUAUUCCUUUAAUUAUACAAUGACAGUACAAUCAAAUUGUAAUUGCUAGCCAAUGUAUUUAUGAGUAGUAUGUUUGGGUAAACAUAAUAAGAGGACAUUGGUUUGUUCUCCUUUACGAGCCGAUGCUAACAGGCCUGUUUAUAAGGCCACAUAGCGUUUACCUCAAUGGUAUUUUAAUCUUUAAUGUACAAAAAACAAACAAGCAUACAAUGGUCCUCAAUGCACUAAUAGUGAACUUUUUAAUUCAGCAAACAGAGUUCACUAAAAUGUAAAUGAAUUAAUGUGCUGUGUUUAGAAGAAAAAAAUGCUCAAAUGAAUCUAAGUGCGGUCUAGUCUACGUUAUUAGGUUCAAAAAGUUGACUCUAAAUAUUGAUGCAGUACCUGUUGACUUCUGUAAAGAUUUGUUGAUUUCAUUCUUGU